AACCUCCCCAAAAACCAUCAAACAUCAAACCAAGUUCAAUCCUUAUUCCUUACUAUAACAGCAAAACAAGUCAGUGAUUGUAUUCAUGGCUUCUUCCUCUGCUUCUAAGCUCUUCAUCUCCCUUGUGGUGGUGGGCUUCCUGGUAUACACCAGUGCCGGGAACUUCAACGAUAAAUUCGACAUUACGUGGGGAGACGGCCGGGCUAAGAUCCUCAACAAUGGGGAGCUGUUGACUCUGUCCCUGGACAAGUCCUCUGGCUCCGGGUUCCAGUCCAAGAACGAGUACCUCUUCGGGAAGAUUGAUAUGCAGCUCAAGCUCGUCCCUGGAAACUCCGCCGGCACCGUCACCGCAUACUAUCUGUCCUCGAAGGGUUCGACAUGGGACGAAAUAGAUUUCGAGUUCUUGGGGAAUCUGAGUGGUGACCCGUACAUCCUUCACACAAAUGUGUUCAGCCAGGGAAAAGGAAACAAGGAGCAGCAGUUUUAUCUCUGGUUCGAUCCGACCGCCGACUUCCACACCUACUCCAUCCUAUGGAACCCGCAGCGCAUCAUAUUCUCAGUCGAUGGUACUCCAAUCAGAGAAUUCAAGAAUGCCGAGUCGAUGGGUGUCCCAUUCCCAAAGAGCCAGCCGAUGAGAAUAUACUCGAGCCUGUGGAACGCCGAUGACUGGGCCACGAGGGGCGGCCUCAUCAAGACAGACUGGUCCAACGCUCCGUUCACGGCUUCAUACCGGAACUUCAACGACGCCAAUGCUUGUGUCUGGUCCUCCGCUACAUCUACAUCUUCCUGCUCGUCAACCUCUGGAACAAGUGGCUCUACAUCUAACAAUCCAUGGCUCUCCGAGGAGCUCGACACCACUCGUCAAGAGAGGCUUCGGUGGGUGCAGAAGAACUACAUGAUCUACAAUUAUUGCGCCGAUUCAAAGCGUUUCCCGCAGGGCCUUCCCACGGAGUGCACCAUGGCUUAGAAGAAGUACAAAACUGAAUACUCGAACAAAUUUUGGUCUCCUUUUGUCAAAAACACAUUCAAUUGAUUCAAUUAUGACCAUGUAACUUGUGUGGUUAUAGUAAAUUAUUAAAUGGUAUUCUUUCAUUGGUUUACAUAACACGAAUGCAAAGCUGUUUGUGGACUUUCGAGUUUGUAUUCGAAGUGAGCAAAUAUAUUAGGUGAGUAUUAUUCAUCCA